CCCGCUGCCAUGGUAACCCCGGGGAGCGAUGGCGGACGAGGACUCGGAGAGCGUCCGCACCGCGGAGUCCCAGGAGCUCGCAGCCCUGCCCCUGCCCCAGCUGGAGGCCCUGGUGCAGGAGACCUGUCAUGCCCUCUCCAUUCUCAAAGUCGAGACAGAAAUGUUUGAAAAAUACUACAAUAAGAUGGAGUCAAAGGAUCUGGUCAGCCAUUUGCUGCCAAGUGUACACGGCUCCUCGCUGGACAUGGGGCAGACACGUCCUAGACGUAAAUCUAAAUCCCGCGCUGCAGCAGAUCGUUUUAUAGGCCUGACAGUGCAACAGAAGAAUGAUCUAGCGCAGCGGGAGCUGGAUGAGAUGAAGGAAGAAAUUCAGAAGACCAAGGGGGAUUCUGAACGGAUUAUACAAAACUACCAGGCUGUCAUGGAAGAAGCAGCUAUUCGGUGGGCUGAUAUUAAGAAAGCCAUGUGCAACUUUAACAAAGACAUUAUCCAAACAAUAUCCAAGAAGAAAGGGAGUGUCACAGCAACUGAGAAGGUGCUGAGAUACCUUGAGGAGAAGAACCACUACAGGGAUGCGAUGAAAGAAAAAUUGCGUUUGAAAAAUGAUUCCCUCAAAGUGCAGAAGAAAAAAUUACAGCUGCAGCUCAAGCAGAAGGAAGAGAUGGGCGAGGCACUCCAUGAGGUUGAUUUCCAGCAGCUGAAGAUUGAGAAUGCUCAGUUUCUGGAGAAGAUUGAUGAGAGGAACCGGGACCUGCUACAGAUAAAAUUGACAGUGGGAAACACUCUUCAAAUCUUCAAUUCCUACAAAAGAAAGCUGCAGAACGCCACCGCAGCAUCCGCCUGCCUGAUGAAAGAUAUCUCCCAGAGGAAGGAGGCGCUGGAGAAGAUGGAAAGGGAAACCAUCCUGGUGGAGGAGGAACGAACCAAAGCAAAGGGUGUGAAUAAGCAGCUGCGGCAGCAGCUCUCAGAUUACAGAGUGCCCCCAGUGGUGAAGUACGUCAAUCAGAAGAUGGCCAUCGAUGACCUGGAAAACAAUAUUAAGAUAUGGGAGAGGAAGGUGGAGAUCGCCGAGCAUUCAUGAAAUGUGCCAGGUUGAGGGACUUGGAGACUCACGCCCUCGAUCCACAGAUCAAGUCCAACACAAGGAGUGGCGGUGGAGAUUCCCCUACAGUAGCCCAUGGCCUGGCCUGUAGGGAUGACAGGUGCCUCUUUACCCAUCUGUUCCUUAGCCCUUCUACUAUCUGCCAGCACAGGUGUUGAUUUGUGCUGACUACGGUGAUGGUUUUGUGAUGCAGACAAGUUUCCACCAGGAACUAGAUUGAGACUACAGCCUUAUUCCACAUGGACUAUUGAGCACCCACCAGAAGGUACCAGCUUUCAGCUACUACUGCCAUGGACGGUGUCUUAGAUGUGAAAGGUCCCAUCUCUCACCACCAGUUGCCUGAAGCAUCCAGUCCCAUGAUGAAUUGGUUUAUUUUUGCUCCGAAUACACUGACUGCACAAUGAGAGAAAUGGCAGAUAUGGAAGCCCUGCGGUGAACGCUCAUUAUCUCAUGGCUGACUGGAAUACAAGGAUAGGAAGGCCUCAGAAACUUCCCAGUGUGUUUCUGUUGAUUGACACAUUUCUCCCACUAGAAAAUAUACACCGGGAGUAUGUCACACCUGCUGAGAUGAUGACAUUCAUCUUCGGGACACAGGGUGACCUUGUAAUGAAGAAGUGGUGCAGCCAGGAGGGGCCAGUGACUCGGAGCAAGUGCAGAUAUAUUUCAGGAUAGUUGACACAUGGUUGAUUUACACAACUGCCCAUCUUUAAAAACCUCCCUGGAUGGAAAACCCAUCUGCUCUUUUGCCUGCCGCUCCUAGCCUGCAGGGGUUCUGUGUUGCUCUGAAACACCCUUACAAAUCCUGCCCUUCCUAUGAGAAAAGAGGACAGGAAGGGAAAAAAGGGCCAGAGAACAAAGACUGGUUAAAGCAGGGAGAGGGGUGUGUCACAUUUUCAGCAGCUUUGGUGUCCCAAAAGGCCCUACGUACAUGCAGCAAGAAUAUUUUUCAUAUUCCCCUGGAAUGCAUCUAAAACGUCCACAUGUUGCCAGCUAUGCUGAAAUCAUCAUCGGUGUAAAUAUGGAGAUAGUGAAAAAGCAGCUGGAGCCCCUAACCCCCCUUUACAGAAGGUGAGGGGUCAGGGUAAGUAAUGGGCCCUCCUUGGCCUUUAACUGCUUUUAGCCGCCCGUUAGGAGUGCUUUUCCGAGGUGCAGAAGUCGAUGGUAACUGCUGGGGUUCAGCCCCUCUGAAGGCCAGACCACGUAUGUCUUAACAUCCCCGUGGAUGUGCCUGAAAUGUGUGAAUGGUUCUUUUUAUACAUCCAGAUUCCCUAAGAAAACCUGUGUUCAAAAAGCAUUCCAAUUGCAGUGACGCCCAGGAGAUGGCAAAGCCCACAGCCUCCGCACUGUGCCUUUGUGUGCUCGCACUGAGAGAGGGGCUUUCCUUAAACGCUCAUGUGCUCUCGCUACUGCACACUCCCGGCCCGGACACGGUUAGACAGUGCCCAGUGAGCGAGGGAGUGGCGAGACAUUUCUGUUUAAAUAACUUCUUCCAACAGAAGCAAAGAGGAAGGCCACUACUCAGUGAUCAUCGUUGGGGGAAAUGGAUUAUUACACUGGUUAAAAUAAAUCCACUGGUUGUAAUCAGUGCUUUCUAAGAAAUUCUCUUCACCCUCACUGUUCACUGAGCGCCUCGUUCCCCUACGUCAUCUGUCCUGUGCACACCGGGCCUGACUGUCCUCUCCCUUCAGUGUGUAUUUGGAAUAACUCUGAUAUUACUGCUCCCGCUCCCAGAGAAUUUACAGUCUAAGCAAAUCUAAUCGAAGGAAUUUGACAGUUGUCAACGGGUGCUGGAAAAACAGGCUGCUGAAUUAGGUGCCCAUGCAGCUGGCUGUUGUGCUGAGACCACCGUCCAUCCUGCUGACCAGUCCUGUCUCUCCGUUUCCUUGUGCUCCCCUGUCUGUACCCAUCUACUGUCUCUUGCCGUAGACUGUUAAUUCCUUGCAGCCGGGCUGUCUCUUUGUGCUGCGUGUCCAGUACCCAGCCCCAUGGGGUCUUGGUCUGCAACUGGAACGCCUAGGCACUACGGUAAUACAGAGAAUGAUAAUGAUAAACAAACCUGGGUUCAGGUGCCUCGCUGUUGGCACCCAUGUAUGAAAAUGUUGGCCUCACCAUACGGUGCAGCAAGGGAGACAAAGAAUGAGGCCAGGCAGGUUCAGAAUAGCUUUGCCUCAUUCAGGAAAGUACUUAAGCCCAAGUUGUAAAGUUCAGCAAGGGCUUAAGUGCUUUCCUGAACAGGGAUGCUUUGACCACCUACUGGUUACUGUUGUGUGUGCUGUGAAAGCUAACUCCCAUUAGUACAUCUGGUGAUCCUUGAUACAUGCCUACUGGUAAAACCAUCUACUGAUCCUGCGUGAAAUCUGAUCCUCAAAGCCUCCUCACUUGCCAAAUUCAAAGGGAUUCUCCUCAGAACAGGGCAAGGCACCGUCUCGGGGCUACUUCCCUGCCAAAUGGCUGCUUUCUAACUCCACCCACUUCACUGCCCCCAAAUAGCAACACACAGCUUCUUUGUCAUGAGAAUACUGUACUUGGAGCCUCAGCUGGGUUGGUCAUGGGGAUGCGGGGUGUGAUGUAAGUUCCACCCUGUCCCCUCCGCACACAGGUCUGGAGACAGGAGGUAGUUGUCUGUCCUGCAUGGGAAACGUGAAACCCACACCUUAGGAAGACGUGAUGCAUUCAGGGCAGUCAGUCAUCCAUUAGCAAUUGCCACACUACUACUGCAUACAAAGGGCUCGAAGCUGCCACCCUUAAUUCCACUGAGUCGAACAGCACUCUGCAAGCAGUCCCCCUGAGUUUACUGGGACUACUUGAGGAGCAAGGGAAGUGUUCAAUACAAGCAAGGGUGGCAGAGCUAGGCCCAAAAUAAUUAUCCCUACUAUACAGCAGUCACAUGGGAUAAAAGAGAGAGAAUGAGUUUAAUAAACCUGUGAUGUCUCCUGCUGUGAACAGAAAUGUCUUGGCUUCACCUUUGCAUUUAUCUAGUUGCAGGAGCCCAUUCUCAACCUUCUGUUCAAUUGACAUUAUCUCCUCAUUAAUUCAACUCUCCCAUUUAAAUCAUUGGAUGAAAAAAGCAAGGAAACAGUAUUAGGUU